AUGGUAGGACCAAUAAGACCUCAAAUUGUUCUGUUUGGUUCUUCCAUUGUUCAACUUAGUUAUAGUGAUGAAGGUUGGGGAGCUAUUCUUACUAACCUGUAUUCUAGAAAGGCAGAUAUAAUUUUGAGAGGAUAUUCUGGCUGGAAUUCAAGACGGGCUUUGCAGGUUCUUGAUACAAUAUUUCCUAAGAAUGCAGCUGAGCAACCAUCGUUGGUUAUUGUGUACUUUGGUGGUAAUGAUUCUAUUCAUCCACAUACAUCUGGUCUUGGUCCUCAUGUACCCCUUGAAGAAUACAUUGAAAAUAUGAGGAAGAUUAUUACUCAUCUUAAGAGUCUGUCUAAGAAGACUCGCAUAAUAUUGCUCGGUUCUCCUCCGGUCAACGAGGCGCAGAUUCAGGAAGCAUUCAGUAAUGUAUUUGGGCCAUUAAAGAGAACAAAUGAAACAUGUAGAGUUUACUCAGAAGCAUGUUUGAAGCUGUGCCAUGAGAUGAAUGUCAAGGCCAUUGACCUCUGGUCGGCACUUCAGCAAAGGGACGAUUGGUCAGAUGUUUGCUUCACGGAUGGAAUUCAUUUAUCAGGCGAGGGGAGCAAGAUAGUAGUAAAAGAGAUAUUGAAAGUCCUCGAAGAAUCGGAUUGGGAACCGAAUCUACACUGGAAAUCAAUGCCAAAUGAAUUUGCAGAAGAUUCACCAUAUGAUCCUGUUGCUGUGGAUGAAAAGACUACUGUAAAUAUCUCCAACUGGAGCUUCCAGAAAAAUUUUGAAUGGGAAAGAGCUUUGUGCAUUCCCAAGCCAUCAAAUGGUCAUCAAUUUGAAGAGACAGCAGUCACAAAACAUCAUCAAUAA